AUGCAUACGAACCUAGUCCUCGGAACCACUGUAGCUGCAGCUGCUAUUGGCUACUUCUUCAAACCUAAAAAACCAAAAACCGAGCUCGAGGUAAACUCGGUGCCCAUCCCAACCGUCCCCUCUUAUCUUCCUCUCCAGGUCGAUAGUCUUCUCAAGUAUAUCUUUUCAGUAUACGCUGAAAAAGAUGAAUUCGAAUACUUAAGACAUCUUUCAGCUCAAUACGGAAAUACCCUCAAUUUUCGCGGUUUCAACGAGGAUUUAAUCAUUGUUUUGGAUCCCUCGAGCAUUCAGCACAUUCUAGCUAAAAACCAGCCAAAUUAUGAAAAGGGCGCCGAAUUUCAAGCGAUAUUCCAUGAUUUCCUUGGUAACGGUAUUUUCAAUGCUGAUGGUGAAACUUGGAAGAUUCAGCGACAUCUCGCAAGGCCUCAUUUUCAAACAUCCGAGUUUAGAGAUGCAGCUCUAAUCAACAGACAUGUAGAUGAGCUUUUAAAGGUGAUUGACAAGCAUCUUGCCUCUAACCCUGAAAAGCCUAUUGAAGUCCAGAGCCUUUUCUGCAGAUUCACUCUUGAUGAAGCUACCGAAUUUUUGUUUGGUGAGGCUGCGAAUGCCCUCCAGGAUGAGGACAAUGACUUCGCCACUGCAUUCAAUUAUACCCAAGCAAUUACAGGCUGGCGCUUCCGUGUACCUCUCUGGAGAUAUGUGGUACCAACCAGACGAUUCCUAAAGGAAAUCAAAAAGUUGGAUGAUUUUGUGUACAGGAUCGUCGACAAAGGCAUCGCCCGUGAGGAGGCACGUACAAGGGAACAGGAGAAAAAUCCAUCCGAUGAUGAACAUGGGGGAAAAGGUGGACAUGAGAAUCUUCUUGACCACUUCUUGAGCCAGAGACAAGAAUACGGCUUUGACAGAGAAUACCUUCGUGACAUGCUCCUGAACUUCCUGCUUGCAGGUCGAGACACAACGGCCUCUCUCUUAACAUUCACCGUGUGGGAACUGUCAAAGCAUCCACAUGUCCUUGAAAAACUUAAGCGGGAGGUUGCUGAAGUUGUUGCAAGCGGUACCGCUCCAAGCUAUGAUGACAUUAAAAAGCUCAAGUAUCAGAAGCAAGUGAUUAACGAAGUACUCCGACUUUACCCUCCAGUCCCAUAUAACACAAGACAUAGUGUGGAGGAAGAUGUUCUUCCAAAUGGAUACUACAUCCCGCCGAAUACAACUGUGGCCUAUGGUGCGUAUUCUACUCAUCGUUUAGUUGAUCUAUGGGGAGAUGAUGCACUUGAGUUUGAUCCUGAUCGUUGGGGACCUGAACGUGUGGGUAAAAUCAAGCCUUUCAUGUUUGUGCCUUUUCACGCGGGGCCUAGAAUCUGCUUGGGUCAAAAUUUGGCAUAUACAACUGCUCAAGUGACACUAACACGACUUUUGCAGAAAUACGAUAUCAAAGCAUCGCCUGGUUUCAAACCUGAAUUGAUGGCCGAUAUUGUUUUGUUUUCUCGCAACGGGGUUGAAGCCGUGCUUGUGAAGCAAGAUUUGUCCGAAAUCUGA